AUGAGCAGCAUAAUUUUUAUAGUAAACUCAAAAACAUUUCGAAACAUUUCAAAACAUUUCAAUCCACAGCCAAUAUCAAAGAAAGAAAGCCAUGACUGCUCAGUUUGGUAUCAAAACUGCAUCAUCAUUUUUCCUAGUUCUGUGUUUAACUGUGUUUACUUUGUCAUGCUCUGCUGAUCCCCACGAGCUACAAGACUUUUGCGUCGCUGAUUUGAACGCCACAACUAUUCUGAAUGGGUUCCCUUGCAAGCCAGUUUCUGAAGUUACAGCAAGUGAUUUCUUCUAUAGCGGUUUGAUGAAUGAAGCGAGCACAGACAAUCCCUUGGGGCUUGGAGUGAAAGUAGGUGACGUUAACAACUUCCCUGGGUUAAACACCCUUGGACUAUCCGUAAACCGAGCCGACUUCGCAAUUGGUGGAAUUAUUCCAUUGCACACACACCCUCGAGCAAGUGAAUCUAUUUUUGUCAUAAAAGGACAAGUCCUUGUCGGGUUCAUAAGUACUACUAACGUUUUGUAUUCGAAGGUUCUGAAAGUUGGAGAGUUGGCUAUUAUUCCUAAAGGACUUGUGCACUUUUCAAAGAACGUUGGAUCGGGGAAGGCUACCGUGCUAGCUAUUUUUAAUAGUCAGCUGCCUGGAACUGCAAUACUUGGUAAUACCAUCUUUGGUUCUAACCCAGCAAUUCCUAAUGAUCUUUUGGCCAAGAACUUCCAAGUUGAUGAAAAAGUCAUUGCCACCAUAAAGUCUAAGUUUGGUAACUAAACAGAAUAGCAAAAUGUGGUUCUUUCAUAUGUAAUUGUAAACAGUAUUUGCAUCCGAUUGUUUGUAAUAAGGGACUCAUUGUCCCAUUGCUCCUGAAUUUAUGAACUAAAUUUCCUGAUUUGGGUAACUGGGUUUCUUAAA